CAAUUUAUUUACUUCCUCUUUCAUUUUCGCUGAUUCGAAGAUUUAAGGGAGCGGAAAAUCAUCAUGUAUCGGUCACAUGUAAGUGUUUGAUGUUCAAAUUUUUAGGUUAAUAAACCCAGUGAAAGAAGGUAUUACAAAUGACCAAAAUCAACGUAUUUAUCACUGUAAAUAAGCUUUACUUGUAAAUUGUAACAUUAUCAUUGUAGGGCUAAUUCUCGUCCUUCACAAGUUCAUGGAGCUGUGUUACUUUAUAGACGAUCUUUAUGAGGCCAGAUCUUUUCCCAGUUUUGAUUUUUUAUAACCGUCUUGUACCCUAGAAUGGAUUCGCCCAUUGUUUUGACAGACGGAAGUGUUUUGCUUUCAAAUCUACGUAUUCGUUUGUCUACGCGUUUUCUCAUCGUUUACAAACCAAACAAAAAAAAGUCGAUUGGAUAUCAACUUAAAGUUACUUAAUUUUUAAUCUGUUGUUACGAGAGCUGUCAGUUUAAAUUUUGACGCCCAAUUCAAUAACAAAUUAAAAUUAAGAUUUGGUUAUUGUAUUUUUAUCCCAUAUCUAUGAGGCCCUGAAAUUGUUGAAUUAAUACUUUAUCUUACAGGUGCUCCUAUUUAUUUUAUGGAAAUCGUCACGCCUUUUGAAUAACUUAUUAUCAAGAAUGUGUGAUAUAAACCUUUGACCCCUAGAAUGACUAGCAUUUCUCUUGAUAGUAUCACCGCUGAAUCAAACAUUAUAUAAGGUCACAUGAAUUAGGAAAUGAUCAUUAACUAAAGAAGCUCUUCAUUUUUAGACAAAUUCUCUUAUCAGCACCUUAUGGAAUGUAUAGAGAACAGUAUGGAGAAUAUGCAUACUGAUAUUAGGGUGUAAAGGGCUAAGGGGAGUGACAUUAUAUCAUUGAAAAUAAGGGAGACCAACACUUAAUAUCAUUAAAAAUAAGGCAGAGUUUAAGUAAUGGUAGAUUAUAUUACUUCUUCAAUAUCAAACAAUAUUUUAAAGAAAAAUAUUGAUGGAUUUGAUAAUGUACAAAUGCAAAAUUGGCCAGGAGAAAUGAGAUUUCUUAGUUUCUAAGAUGUUUCAAGUGUUACCCUUUGUCAGAGUUAAAGAUAAAGGGCACACUCUUGGAAACUCUUAAUUGUAGCUAAUUUAUGUCAUUAACUCAGUUGAUCAACCAGAUUGUCACGUUACAAAUGACUCCCAUUAUUUCAGACAUCCUUAGGGGGAGAUUUAGGGUGUGUAAGAACAUGACUCACUAAUAGUGGAGUGUGAGAAAAAAAAAAUUGUUUUCGUCUCUAAAAAUAUGAGAUAAUAUGUAACUAAUUAUAAACAUGAAGUUACUAACAUGCAGUCUCGUGAGGUGGAAAAAGAUCUGGCUGCACCUAAUUAAAGAAUGGUUUCUUCAUUUGCCUUUAUCCUAGUAUCAAAGUGCUUUGUAAGUGUUUACUAUAGUGAUAGAAAAACAUGUGAAAUGUUCGGCAGGAGGACAUGAAAGUGUCUGCAUUUGCAUAAGAGUGAGUGUUGGUAAUAGCAGAAGUUAUUUCUUUAAUAUGUGUUUCACAGGGGAGCUAUGCAGUACCACAGUUUCUUUAGAAACUGACCCCCUUCAUUCAUUUGUAUUUUAUAUAAUGCAUAUACUCCUUUUCCUGUAGAAUCCCAGUGCCCCAGGAAUGCAUAACAUAGGAAGUUCACCAAGUGACAGCCAUGUGAGGGUUUCAUACAAAGACAACCCUGGAUUUUUUAAGCAAGUGCAGGAAAGCUUCUGUGCAUCCCUGUUUGGAAUUCUUCUUGUUAUUGUUUCAUUUCCUGUACUUUAUUGGAAUGAGGUGAGGAUAAAAGCUCUUAAGGGCAGUAUAAGUAGUCCCUUUUUAAUAUAAUACAGGAAAUAAAGAAGUACUAAAUUACAGUUACUGGUCAGGAAUAGUUAUUAUUGAUUAUUUUGUUUUUGUUUUCCCUUGCAUCCAGUGUUGUGGAUGUAACUCUGCUAGUGCAAUAUGAACACGUGGAUGUUUAUAUUCAAAUUACCAAUACAAUAAUCAAAGACUGAUAAUACAAAAGAGCUUAACCCUUUAACCCUUAAGAGUGAUUAGCACCUAAUUUCUCCUUACAAUAUCAUCCUGGAAUCAUACAUCUAGGUUACGAGAAUAAAGGAAAUGAUCACCAACUAAAAAAACUCUAGAUUGUUAAUCAAAAAUUCUCCUUUUCAGCACCUUAGGAAAUGUAUAGAACAUAGUAUAGAGAGUUUGCUUACUGAUGCUAGGUUGUAAAGGGUUAGUAAGGUGUAAAAACCUGCAAAUUUACUGUAGACAUGUUCUUAAUACAAAAGAAAUGAUUACACUUCACUUGACAGGGAAGGGCUGUUCAAACAGCUCUAUCAUUGGACGAGGGUCUGAGGCAAGUAGUCCAUAUUCAUUACAUUGACCAAGUUAGUCCUGAAUAUCAGGAUAAACUGGUUCACCUCUCUGGAAGUCUUCAAACAGAAAGGGUGAGAGUGAUGUCUUUUCUUCCUUGAGUCUGUCUGUUGCAAGACAGCUUAAACACCCCUGAGAUCUUAUGGCUGAUUUUUCAAAAUGACUUAACUGAUUCACUCCUAGGAUCUGAUUAUUAAAUCUCCAUUCUGUUUGCUGUUCAUUUCUAUUAAUUAUUUUUUAUCUGAGAAUUUAGUGUUUUAAGUGUUACUUCUGGUCACCUCUGUGCUUAAAAAUGUAUUGGUAUUGAAGGAGAAAUGCAUUUUUGGUCUGGGUUGGGGUGAAUGGUUAUCAAAACCAUAUAAAAAAAACAACUUUGAACUAAAAAUUUUCCUACAAUCCAUUGCCUAACUGUUUGGUAGUGUUUUCAAAAAUGAUCUUGUAUAUCAAUCUUAAGUAGGGGUGGGUAGGGGAAGAAUAAGUGAGCUUCAUGAGACAACAUCUUCAACUUGGUUAUCCUACCUGGUGUAGCAGGACAAACCUCUUGUGUUUUACAAAGCCGUAUGUUAUCAAAUUAAAUAAUAACUUUGUAAGAUAUUGUUAUAGUUCUCAUCUUCUUUUAUUAUAACUGUAAUAUAUAUUAUCCCAAAUACUAUAAUUUUAUACAUAUUAUAAUAUUAUAAAUCAUACUACCAGUUCAUAUCAUUUUUAAUUACUAUUCUGGUCAGGUGCUGAGUGAUUCAGACUAUGGCAUUGCAGUCAAAGCUGUCAAACUAAGACGAAAGGUUGAAAUGUAUCAAUGGGUGGAACAUAAACACACCAGGUAUUAAUCAACCCUGGAACUCUCCUGAUCUGAUCUUCUUUUUGAUUCCUCCUUCUUCAUGUACAUGCUAUUCUUUUCCUUGUAAAUCAGUUAAAAAAAUGUAUCAGUGGUGUACUAACCUGAGGCAAUAGAGUUCCAUUAAGUGAAAAGCUUCAACUGAACUCAUUACCGGUUUGCUGAUAAAUAAAGACAUAAUGAAACUGUGAGAACAGUGUCACUUAUAUUUAUGGUAAUAGAACCAAUUCUGUCUUAAAUCAUAUGAGGGAUAAACAAAAUGUGAUGGCCUAAAGAUGGGGGUCUCAUUUGCCAUUCAUAUAGUACUACAUAAUAUUUAUUGUGACCAUAGCAAGUUAUUGUAGUUUUUUUUUUCACCUUCUCUAUGGACCACCAUAUACACAGUCAAGUGAUUGUAAUGUUGUAAAAUAUUGAUAAGAAUGUUUUCAAGGUAUCACUGAAAUUUCAGGGAAUAUGAUGAAGGAGGACGAAAAAGAGUAGAAACAACCUUCUCGUACAGUAAGUUUGAUGAAAGUGGUGUUCUUAUUUCAAAAGUUAAAAAUAAUAGCAAAAAGAGAUUUUUUAACCAACAAUUGAUUGCUAGAGAGGCAAAGCAACUCUCUCUGAAUAAUUUAGGGAAUAUGACAUAUUACAGGUUCAAAUUUAGGACAUCUGCUGAAAUAAAUGAUCAAGGAAAUUAUGAAGGAGAACAUUCUCAUGACUGAAGGUGUGCAGGAAUCUAUGCAAAACAUGUUCUAGUCUGACUGUAAUAUAAUUAGUAACAGCUUGUCUUUGACAAAAGUUAUAACUUUUUUUAACAAUCCUGACCCAAAAUGUGAUCCUAAGUCGCUUGUUAUGGACAGCUGAAGCUUAUCACAUAGCAUCAUGUGACUAAAAAUAUUUCCACUCCUCAUGUAUGGCAUGUAGGGUAUCCUAGUCUUUCUUGAGUAAAUUCCAAGUAAUUGGGAUUACCACCUGUCAAGUCCCCCUCCAUGCCCAGGAUAAAGAUAAUUCACUUGUGAGACCACAGGGUCUUUCCCUAAGAACACUGCACAGUAACCCGAUCAGCUUGGCUUGACCCUGGUCCUUUCAAACUAGAGUCAGGCACAUAGUAUCUCCCAAAGUUGCAUGGUUAACUCCUGUGAAUGACCAAGAUAGAAUUUCUCCUUACUAUAUCUAUACAAUAUUAUGCAGUCAAGUGAUGAGAAUUCUGGAAAAAUAUCAAUUAUAGGAUUACUAAUUGAUCCAAUACCAAAUUCUCCAAACUAACAUAGUGAGAAUUGUUUGGCAGAGAGUAAGAAGAAUUACUAAUGAGAUCUGGGGAGUGAAAGGAUUAAUACACAAACCUUUAACUGUCUGUGAGAGACAUGACCCAAUGGUUACAUGUAAGUCUUAUAUCUGCUUAUUUUUGUCUUACAAGAUAAUUUUAGUUUUAUCAACAGGAUUGAUAAUGUAAAUUGGCUACUGAAAAUAGUUUCACAUAGUUUUAUCAAGUUUUCAAACUCUUUACAUUGGCCAGUUUACGUUAUUAAUUCAAUUAAUAAAACCCAAAUUAUCUUGUUAUACUAUCCCAACAAUGCAGCACCUACAAUUUCCUUAAAAGUUUACCACCUUUAUACAUUUAUUCUUGUCUUGACUUCUUGCAGCUACCGAGUGGAGAGACAUCAUUGUCAGAAGUGAUAGUUUUGAUAACCCUGCUGGGCAUCAGAAUCCCAACACUAUGCCAGUACAGUCAUACACUAAAGAGGCAGACUCUGUGAGAGUUGGGGUAUUCAGUCUUUCCAAAGGUAUAUUUCGAAAGAAGAUCAGUUACUGUCCACAGGAGUAGGCAAGAUUUUGUAUUAGGGGAGCAACACCUGUAUCAUGCUUUUUAUCUUUUUUUCGUUAGGGCUUAUUGGAAAAAUAGAUGCUUUCCAGCCAUUGAGUCCCCGAGAAGUUCCUCAAGGAAAGAUGAUGAAAAUCCAUAAUGGGAUGUUUUAUCAUUUUAUGGACCCAUUUUAUCCCAGAGUAAGUCGAUUCGUGUUGAAGUCUUGCGAUUGCAUAGUUGUGAGUGGCCAUAAGACUGUUGGGACUGACCAAUCACAACUGAGCAGGCCAUUUGGGUAGCCAAUCACAACUGACGACAGCAGCUACAUAACUAGAGUCAGCCAAUAACAUGACAGCAAAACUGACCGAUCAGUCUUCACCAAAAAGCGCUACAACAUUUGUGUGAAAGCAACCAUUCGUUUGACUUACAAUCCCUUUCCUCGCAGGUUGUUGAAACAUUAGUCAGUGUCACCCACUCUAACAGUUCUUUCCAGGACCACUCUCAGCCGGACGAUCAUGCCAUACUAUACAUAUCUUAUGAGACAUUUAGAGUAUUUUUAUGAGUUGUGCCGUACUUUGAUGAGUAGGGCUCGUAAAAUACAAACAACGAAUAAAAAUACUCAGCAAUACUACACACCAAAACGUCUUAUAAGUUAUCUAUUAUCCAAUUGCUUUUUUUCUGCUAAGUCUUUCAGUUCAUUUCUCGUAAGGCACGAAAAGCAAAGUGGAUUUAGAAGCGUAGCGCGUGCAGCUGACUGGUUAAACAGGUUUUUUUACAGUACAAAAUAAACAACUGUCCAAAUAACCAUACAAUAUCACAGGAUAUUUGUACUCUUUUUAUGCGUUAUUUGUACUCUACUUUGUGCAGUUGGAUAAUAACAGUUGUUACCCUAUCCUAAAAUUGCUUUGGCAAGCUCAGCAGUUGCGCGUACGCAACAGUUACUUUUAGUUAUUCAAAGAUUACGAAAUUAUGGUUGGCUUUAAUUUUUUAUUACAGCCUCUUGCAUGUUGGAGGUUGCGGAAAAAUUGAAACUGCAUCUAUUUCGCAUUGUUCUUGCCGCAACUUGCCAUGGUUAAGAUGAUAAUUAACCCAUGAAAUAUAGGCUAUUGGAGUUGUUAAAUCCUCAUUUUUCAAAUGGCCUUAGAACAAUGAUGUUUCACUACUUUAGUACUACGUUACAGAAUGGUGUGAUUAUUUUUAAUUGCUUCGAAAUCACUGUGGUUUUGAGUGACCAUGCAAAGACCUUCUCUCUUUUGAUUUGCAAUAUUUGCUCAAGCUACUAAUUAAAGACCCUGAAACCCAAAAAUCAUGAAGCAAAAACUAUGUCUAAGGUUAUUUCAUAAGUCCUAAUUCUCACUAAAACAUAGCAACUCUAGAUCUUCACUGCUGGGUGUUAGUUCCUCCUGUUGUUCGUCAGGCCUUGGUUGAGCCUCUCCAUGUUAUUCUGCACCAUUCGCUGUUUCUUCCUCCCUUAGGUGUCGUGAAUUGAAAGCCCUGCCCGGUCACAUUGGCAAACGGCCUUCUGAAGCAAUUUUUCCAGCUAACGCCUUUGGUUAAUUUUAUGUUAUAUAGAAAUCACAUAAUUCGUGUAUUGAAUUAAGGUCCAAAAAUACUCGAUCAUAGGCAAAGUAAAACCACUGAGAGUUCCUAUGAACAAUUUUAAACGUAUUUUAUCAACAGGUGGGAGAUGUGCGUGUCCAGUUUUCCUAUGCUGGGCUUAGUGGGAAGCCAGGCUCAGGUUUGGGAGACCCAAUGAAGGUACCGUUCUCUCAUAACUCCUCUUUUUUUAUGUACAUUUGUGCAAUAAGUAGCAUGAGGCGAACAUAAUUCAGCUUAUCUUAUGAAUAGUACCUCUUCCCUGCCAGAGCUAAAUCCUAAUUGCAUCUCACCUUGUACUACAAUUUUUUUGGCAAUUCCUCUUGUUUGUGUUGAUGCUGACAUUUUAUAAACAGUUGUACCCUUUUUAGAAUGACUUAUCAGUUAGUGCUAUUUCGCUUCAGGUUAGUAUUGUAGCUCGACAGCAAGGUGGAAGAUUAUCACAUUAUCACACAAGAUCUGGCGAUUCAUUGGAGCUCCUUUAUCCUGGAGAAAUGAGUGCUGAGGUGAGCCAACAGCACGGAAUUUUUUGUUAUGCCCAGAGGAUUCUCUUUAUUUGAGUAUAUCCUUGUCUCUUUAUGGCCUAAAACCAGACAGUAAUAAAAUAUUACCUGAACACUCAACAUGAUAGCGAAAUCGUAAUUUGUACCUUUAAACGAGAAGACUUGCUUUCCUGUUCCUUUCCCUUGAGAAAUAUCUCAACUGAUUUCAAGGAUUGUGCUUCCCGUUUCAGGCAAUCGUUAAGAGGAUGCAGGCAAAAAAAGAAAGUGCAUGAAAACAGCCGUUCCCUUACAAGCGCUGUUUUUCGUCUGUCUGCUCUUUUUGUUGAGGCGGGUUACAUUCUUGGUUCAUGUGAAACAAGCAUUCUCCAUACUGUAAGGAUCAGUAACAUCAGCAGUGGCUAAAACAUUCAAUGUAAAAAUACAGUAAAUGCCGGUAUUACGUUUGCUAAAAUUGAUAGAUUGACUGACUGAUUGUUUCAUUGUAGGAGAUUUUUGAAGCCGAACAGUCCGCCAACACAGCUUUAACAUGGGUUUUAAGAGGAGUAGGCUGGGUCCUGAUGUUCCUUGGAUUUCAGAUGAUGACCAGUAUUGUUGUUGUACUGAGUAAGUGACCACUUCCGUUUAAAAUCUAGAUGACUGGUGGAAAACAUUUACCUUAUAUCACUAUUAUAAAGAACUCUGUCCUUUGUUUUUUUCCAGUCUCCUGGUUGCCUGUUGUCCGCGAACUCGUGGGCCUGGGCCUAACCCUCUUGUGCCUUUGUCUUGCUACUUCGUUGUCUCUGGUUACCAUAGCAAUUGGCUGGAUAGCUCAUCGACCAAUUCUGGGCAUGACAUUACUGGCGGCAGCUGCUGUUCCAAUACUUCUGUCCAGACGACGUGCACAAGCUCUCAAUCAAAGGAAACACUAAAAAGUUUAUUUAAAUGCGAACGUUAUUAGGGAAGUCAUUUGUAGCGUCGUUAGUCACUGAACUAGGGGGUAUUAUUUUAAAAGGACUAUAGACAGUGUGACUUCAAAAAAUAAAAUUUCUGUAUCGGUGUUCAUUAUUCAGACCUACACAGUUUAGGCCACACUAGCGUGAAAAUGAUAGAAAGUUACAUUUAGAUUCAAUGUUUUGGAUGUAAAAUAUAACUGAUAUGAUUAAAUUAGGUAAAAGCAAAGGCAACAAAGUGCUCAUUGCAGCUGUUGUUGGGUUUUUGGCACACAGCAAAUUCUCUACUCUAAGAAAGAGCACUUUGUCUGAAGAGUGUGAAGACAAAAUAGUUGAUGCGUAUGGGACAACACUAAUAUUUCAUGUCUUUGUUGGACAUGUUAAAAAAAGGAAAAUAAUAAAAACGUAAGCUACUAAAGGAGUAAUGGAACAAAGUAUAAAAACCAGUGACUGAGAUUGAAAAUUAAUUAUUUAGAGUUUUCAUGCAAGAGCAAAUCCUAGUGCAAGGAUUGGGAGAAACUUCUGAAAAUACAGCAGUCAAUAGUCACUAUGAAUGAAUUAUGCAAUGAGUGCAGGAUCAGUUAAGCCUCUGCAGCAUGCAGCAGUUGUGGUCAGAGGGAGUUUUACCAGAAUUUUAUCGUAUGAUGCCCCUGCUUAAGUUAAGUGUGUAAUGCAAAGUGUCUACUUCCUUGAUCGUGAAAGAAAGGUUUGGAGAAAUAGAAAAACUUAUAAGCUAUUCCUCAGCCAACAUCCGGUUCACAGUGGAAAUAUAGAUCAGCUAGUGUCUUGCUAGCAUUUUAAGACCAGUCAGUUGACUUGCUAUUUUAAAUGAUCACUUUUCCAGGACUAUAGAGUGACUUAAGGUCACAUUGUAAGCGUGACAUGCAACUAAUCGAAUUUAUUACGAUGCCCUAGCCCUUACAAUUCAAUGAUGGAAACUAG